AUGGAGAAUUACACCAAACUCACAGUGAAGCAAAAUAAAGCGUCUCCCCCACAGCCGCAGCUGAACAAACCUUCAGCCAAACCACAGCUCGCAACUGCCAAAACACCUUCAGCGGGGCCAGCAAAAAACAACAAGCGUAGCAAAAACAAGACCAUGAAGAAGUCCAAGGAAAAGAGAAAGAAGAAGAACAAUAAAAGCCAAAAGCCACCAAAGAAGAAGAAAGAAACCUCCCCACCAACGAAUUUUCCUUACUUUAUGGAUAACUAUUGUCCACGUGAGUGCGCCUGCUAUGGAAGAGUGGUCCAGUGCUCUGACAAAGGUGUGGAUAAAGUUCCUUAUGGUAUUCCCUAUAAUUCCCGCUACAUCCUCCUUAUGAAUAACUACAUCAACAGCAUCCAGCUGGACCUGCUAAAUCAAUAUGAUUCUAUGGAGUUCCUUGUAUUAAGCAACAAUCGCCUCACAGAUGGUUCCAUUGAGGGGGCUUUUGAAGGGGUCUCAGCUCUGAAACGCCUCUACUUGGACAGGAAUCUCUUGCAAAGUGUGCCAGUGGACCUUCCAGGUUCUCUGGAGGAGCUUCGUCUGGACAACAACCACCUGACAGUGAUGUCGGAGGCAGCCUGGACACGGUGCCCUGGCCUCUUGGUUCUGAGCCUCAGCAACAACAGCCUUGGUAAUGAAUCGCUUCCUAAUGCAGUACUGUCUCCUCUGGGGAACCUGCACACUCUGAAUCUGGAUCACAACAUGUUAACCUCAGUACCUCUGGGGUUACCGCUGUCAAUCAAGGAGCUCUAUCUCAAGGGGAACCUUCUUGAGCAAUUUGGCAGAGGAGCCUACAAUGGGAAAUCAGGGUUGGUGGUGUUGGACCUGAGUGCAAACAGACUAACAAACAAAGGGUUAGUUAGGGAUUCCUUUCUCAAUACAACAUACUUGGAAAGCCUCAAUUUAGAGGCAAAUAGACUAAAAGAAGUGCCGCAACACCUUCCUCCAUCUCUUAAAACACUAAAUUUGGAGGGAAACCUCAUAUCUUCCAUAAAGAAAUCAGAUUUCAGGAGCUUGAAAAAGCUGGAGCACCUAGGCUUAGCAAAGAAUAAAAUCUUUAAAGUGACAUCAGGUGCAUUCAGGAUGUUGCCCGUGCUGCACCAGUUAGACUUGUGCCACAACACAUUGGAGCAGGUGCCCAGACAGCUACCUAAGGGUUUGCACUCAUUAGCACUCGCCCACAACAAGAUUCAGUCAGUGCCUCGUGAUGCUUUCUGCUGGGGUAAUAAAAGUCUAAGCGGGCUCGUGCAAGUGCAGUUGGAGCACAAUUUAAUUGAUAUGGCGAGGCUGGAUACACGUGCCUUUAGAUGCUUAAGGGGCUUUCAGGUGGUGCACUUCUACUGAGCUGGAUUUUUAUGCACACAGAUGAAAUAAAACUUUGUAGUACUGACUCCUACUUUGAACGCUUUAUAAAAGAUCUGUGGUGAACACCACUAUUACGAGAAACCAAUGAUGAAACUCAAAAACAAUAUUUAUUGUGUGUGAAAUUCAGUUUAUUGUGUGACCCACUAAAGUCUCACUGUUUGACUAUUUUUAUGGCUCAGGCUGCUUUUCCCAAAAUGCCUUAUAUGGUUGGAGAGCAGCUGUUUGCAUGCAGUGAGAGCAGCUUAUGGUACCUAGAAUCAAAAUUAUGUGACUGCAAAUCAUCAUUUUGUUAUUGACAUUUCUAGCAGUUUUUCCACAGCUGUUUUACCAACACCUGAAGCAAACAUCAUUAUUAUAUCCUUGAGUAAUCGGGAUACAAAAAUGUGUUUAAUUUGGCAGAAAGUUUAAAUUAAAAAAUACUUAUGGCCUGUACAU